AUGUCUGAUAUCCGAAGAGAUUUAGUUUAUGCAACAAUCAAUAGAGCAGUUAAUUCAAUUGAUUAUAAUAUUUACGAUACUGCACACAAAUGGUUUGAAUUUGUAAAACAAACGAUUCUUGCUGAUAAUUCUCUUACAAAUGAUGAAAAAACGGAAGCAAUAAGAAUAUAUAGUAAAGACUAUGACCGAUAUAUAAUUAUUCAUAAUUUAGGGACAAGAAGAAUUUGCGAAAAUUGUAAUCAAAAAUGCUUGGCUACAUCAUAUUGUGAAUAUUGUGUCCAAAAUUAUUUAAAAACAAAAUUUUCAAGUUGGACAUCUGGAAAUAAUGAUAUUGAUAAUUUAAUACAAAAAUGUCAAUCAGAAGCACUCAUGCCAAAUAGUAUAAUUGAAUGGAUUCCAUAUAAUAAUUUACAAAGUAUUGAAUAUCUAACAAAAGGUGGAUUUUCUGAAAUUUAUACAGCAACUUGGAUUGAUGGAAGAUAUGAAGAUUGGGACUCUAAAAAGCAACAAUUAAUAAGAUCUAUAAGGUAUAUCCAAGUGGUACUCAAAAAAUUAGAAAAUGUUGAAAGUGCAAGUCAAAGUUGGUUUGAAGAGGCUAAAUCACAUUUAACCAUAAGUAAUAAAUGGUCACAUAUUGUUCCAUGUUAUGGUUUAACACAAAAUCCAUCAAAUGGAAAUUACAUGCUAGUACUAAGUAAAAUGGAUAUAAAUUUAAGAGAAUAUUUACAACAAUAUUAUAAUCAACUUACAUGGAAAGAAAAAAUUAAUAUUACUUCUACAAUAUUUGAUGCACUUGAAAAUAUUCAUAGAGAGAAUUCAAUUCAUAGAGAUUUGCAUUCUGGAAAUAUAUUAUAUUCACAAUUCAAUGAUAAUUGGCAGAUUAGUGAUCUUGGAUUUUGUGGUCCUGCAGACAAACCAUCAACAAGUAUAUAUGGAAACCUUCCUUACAUUGAUCCUGAAGUACUUAAUGGAAGAGGGUGUACAUAUAAAUCAGAUAUUUAUAGUGUUGCGAUGCUUAUGUGGGAAAUUUCAUCCGAACAACCACCAUUUAAUAAUCAUGAACAUGAUUGUGAUCUUGCACUUAAUAUAAUUAAUGGCAUGAGGCCAAAAAUUAUAUCAGAAAUUCCUUUAAAAUAUAAAAAUUUAAUGGAACAAUGCUGGGAUGCUGAUCCAUUAAAAAGACCUGAUAUUAAAACACUUAGAGAUAAAAUGAGAGAAAUUAAGUCAUAUUAUCAAAAUAAUCCAAACGAACUACCUCAACUAAAAGCAAAAAUGGAUAAAGAAAUAAAUUCAAACACAAGUAGUAAAUUAUUUACAAGUAAAAUUCAUAAAUUUGAAAAUUUACCUGAACCAAAAAAUGCAACAAAAGAAGAACAAGAAGCAUUUCACAGUAAUAAAACAUAUUAUAACUUCAAUAUUCCUGAUAGCAGUAAGUAUUUAUUUGAAUUUGAAAUUAAAUUGUAUGAUAUUGAUGAAAUUAUUUGCUUUUCAGUUGAUGGAUUUAGUCAAUCAAGUAACCAGAAUAACAAAAGAAAUAGUAAUGUUAUUGAAGCUGGUAGUACAAGAUUGACCAAGGUGUUUAAAAAAUUACGGGUAAAUUCAAAAAGUAUUGAUAUACAAAAUAAUCAUUAUAAAGAUACAACACAACAGCUACAAAUUGGUGAUAUUGAUGAUGAAGCUGAAAUACACAAUAAUCCAAAUCUUCACUCAGAAGAACAAGAUGAAUUGGAAAUUCCUGAUGAUAUUGAUAAAUUAUAA